AUUGCUAUAACAGCGAAAUGUUAGUCACAACUUUUCUAUUUGGACAGAGUUCUUGAAUUCAUAACGCAUAUUUUCUAGUCGAAAAUUGUUACUACCGGAUUCCCGAAUUAAGUUCGACGCAAGUACGCCGUCUGAACCAGCCGUCGCUCCAAAGUCGCUUUAAAGUCGAACUUAAUCAAGUUUGGCUCGGCACAUGAGUGGAGCGGCGUUUGGACCGGGCCUGAGUAGCUGCGAAAUGUUUGAUAAUGGGAUACGAAGGCCGAGUAAUCGCUCUUGGAACGUCUAGUUUCUUUGUGAAAAUUGAAACUAGACUCCUGAUCGGAAUGAAAACAACUCAAUAAAACCAGUAAUUUUUCCCAGAGGAAGACAGAGAGGAAUACCAGAGGGUUGAUACGCUUUUGUUAUUUGUGGGCUACUCAAGAAGUCGCCAUACUCUGCUGGCAUCUCUUCUCGAUGGACAUCCACACAUGGUGGUCGCCAAUGAGAAUGACCUCUUUGCCCGCCUAAAGAACGGGGCGAAGUUCAAAAGAAACGAACUGUUUGACAUGUUAGUGAAAGGAUCAAAAAGUUUUCUAAAAGGAGGGAAGGGCAUGGUAAUGACAGGAACGCUUGAAAACACAACACAUUUUGGAUUCUGGAUGGAAGGGUAUUGGCAAGGGAAGUAUGACAAAUACCUUAAAGUUGUUGGUGACAAGACAGCUUGGAGUACAUCUGCUGUAAUUCUAAACAUGCCGCGUGAUACGCUCAUGAGUUUGGUGGAGGACACUGAAAACAAAUAUAGAGUCAAAGUGAAGUUCAUUCACAUCAUAAGGAAUCCGUUCGACAUCGUCUCAACAAUAACCUUGAGGAGAACUAAUCAGUCAGGAGGCAGGUUCGAAGACCACAUAAAGAAGGUUAAUGAUCCAGAACUGUUAGAUCACAGCAUGGAUAGAUUCUUUCGCUGGGCUGAAGGAAGCGCAAUCGCUAGAGAGAUUCUUGGAGACAAGUUAUUGGAUGUAAAUGGCCUCGAGCUCGUGCUGAAACCAGUGGAAACCAUGUCAAAGAUUUGUCGGUUUAUUGAAAUCACUUGCAGUGACGAAUUUCUCAAGGCAUGUGCGAAGGUCGUUGAUCCAACGCCUUCCAUAACAAGGCAUUAUGUGGUGUGGAGCAAGGACCAAAUGAACAAAAUGUAUUCCGUUAUAGAACAGUAUCCAUUUCUUUCUCAUUACACAUUUAAUGAUUAGAACGCGAGUAUAUAGGCAAUGGUGAAGCAAUGCUCCGGUAAGCUAAAUAAAGUAGGUGAAUUUCCAAUGUUGCAAUUUUCAAAAAAGUGUUCAAAUGUUGUUGUUGUUUAUAGUGGUCAAUGCGCUUAGCUACACCUAGCUUGUUCUCAGGUAUGCCAGUUAAACUGAAAGAAAGAUAUAUUUCAAAUAAACUGGCGGGAGACCCCGCGGGAGACAGGCCAGUUGACUAUUUACAAGCAUGACCGAGGAGUUGAACUAAGGUCUACCGAAAAACAACUCCAGCUUAGUGGUCAGAGCGGGCGCACCCGUGAUCCCCGGAUUUCAAGUGUUAGGGUUACAUUACAUUACAUCGAUUAAACUUUGGUUGUCGGCAGGUUGAGCAAGUACAGAACACCAUUACAAGCCAAAAGCCCGGUGUUUUGCCAGUGUUGAGAAUUCUUUUCAUGACAAUCAUUCCGCAUCCGCCCUGAAUUUUCUUAGUUUUAUAUUUCUAUUUAAUAAUCAGGUUGAGCUGGACUGAGAUUUCUGAGGUGAUAAGUUGAUGAACCUGAGGGCCGAAACAACUACUCUUUCAAAUAACGAUUUCCAGUUAUUUCUCUACAUAACAACUACUCUUUCAAAUAACGAUUUCCAGUUAUUUCUCUACAUAGUAAAAGCAGUAUUAAACUUCACGCUUUAGCAAAAUCACGCUCGGAUUAGAUUUUUCGUUGAAACUUGCAGCGGUUAUACGCGCUCAUCAGUACAUUGAAAAUUUUGAUGUUUUGAAGUUGGAUAAAGGUCAAUUUCUCUUCUUCAGUGCUCUUCGAAAUUAAAUUAUCCAGUAUUAUUUUUGAUUAAUCUUCUUCGAAACUUCGGAGAAACGAGAAAACGUUUCCAUUAUGUGGACGAUCUCUAGCCACUGCCGCACUAAUGGUCGAUGGUAUACUGUAGCUCAGCCAAUCAGAUUCCAGCAUUUACAUUAGUAUACUAGUAGAAUUCCACUAAUAACAGGUGAAAUAUGUAGCUGGGUUGCUGAUACUGUUGGGAUUUUAGUAGGGCACGUAAUUACUGCUUCUCUGGCUUAUCGUCUGCGGAAAAUAAAUCAGUUCGAGUUUUUCGUCAGACCACCGAGUUAUUUCCCUCUUUUAUUUACUAUAAUCACGUCAAAUUCGCUCAGGUGGUACACUAGAAGAAGCAGGCCCCGCAAAAUUCAGGUACUUUUUAAAAUUUUCCCUCCCUCAGAGAAAUGCAAACAUCCCGAGACCCGACCCAUUUUUUUUUAAUGCUUUACUGACAAAUAAACUUGCUGACAAUUAUUUCAAUGCUCUACUGCGACCAAACUGUUGUCUGCUUUCAAGGGUCACAUGACUUGGCAGGAUGCAGCUUCUUUAUAAGGAUCGAUUCCAGACGGCUUAUGUGGAGAUCCCUUGGCGCAUGACAGUAGGUAGUCUUCAUUGGCAUGGCGUUUGCAGUGGUAUACUAGGUCGGCGCACACCUCGGACAUUCUUGCUCGUUUGAUGUCCUUUUCCUGCCUUAACUGUGUUAUCUCCUUCUUGAGUGACAACUUCAACAUGGCGUCACACGAGGCCAUAACUAAACAGAACAUAGGACGCAAUUUAGGUGGAAGCUUACGAUAUUAGGAAAAGAGAGCCAAUACCACUGCUGUUACCACAUACAAACACAUCCGCAGCGGAAAUGACAAAUUGUUGUUAUACACGUACUCUUAACGCUUUCAUUCAAUGCUGAUUAUCUAUGAUCAUCGGCUCAGUAGCCAAUAAUUUUUACUGAUUUUUUCUCCGAGAAUGAACUGAUCAAACGAAACUAAAAAGCAUCAAAUGGACAUUGAAAUCAUAUUUAAUUUUCAAGACUUACAUUUUGUAAUAUCAAUCCAUUUGUCGGGUGAAAGAACUUAUCAUGUUCAUUAGAAACCAUCGAUUUUUUUUCUCAAACGUCUUACCUAA